ACACUUUCUGACAUUUCUGGAACCUGUAAACAAUAUCACAAUUGUCCAGGGUCAAGCAGCCACCCUUCAUUGCAAGGUGGCGGAAAUCCGCUCCCAAAUGUGAAGUGGCUGAAGAAUGAUGCUCCGGUGGUGCAGGAACCCAAGAGAAUUACCAUAAGGAAAACAGAAUAUGGUUCACGGCUAAGAAUACAAGACUUGGACACCACAGACACUGGAUACUAUCAGUGUGUUGCCACCAAUGGAAUAAAGACCAUUUCUGCCACUGGGGUUCUUUUUGUCAGACUUGGACCAACACACAGUCCGAAUCCUAACAUUCAAGAUGACUACCAGGAAGAUGGGUUCUGUCAGCCCUACAGGGGCAUCGCCUGUGCCAGAUUCAUUGGAAACAGAAGCAUUUAUGUGGAUUCCCUCCAGAUGCAGGGUGAAAUUGAAAACCGAAUUACAGCGGCAUUCACCAUGAUCGGCACAUCUACCCAUCUGUCAGACCAGUGCUCGCAGUUUGCCAUUCCAUCAUUUUGCCAUUUUGUCUUCCCGCUUUGCGAUGAACGUUCUAGAACCCCAAAGCCAAGGGAGUUAUGCCGGGAUGAGUGUGAAGUACUGGAAAAUGACCUGUGCCAUCAGGAAUACAACAUUGCUCGCUCCAAUCCUCUUAUACUCAUGCAACUGCACCUUCCAAACUGUGAAGAACUGCCCCUACCAGAGAGCCCGGAGGCUGCAAACUGCAUGAGAAUUGGAAUCCCAAUGGAAAGGAUGAACAGAUAUCAGCAGUGUUACAAUGGUACUGGUACUGAUUAUCGAGGGUCAGUCAGUGUAACCAAGUCUGGACACCAGUGUCAGUCAUGGAACAGCCAGUUCCCGCACAGUCAUCAGCUGUCUGCUGCAGAAUAUCCAGAAAUUGGUGGUGGACAUGCAUAUUGUCGUAACCCUGGCGGCCAGAUGGAGGGUCCUUGGUGUUUUACACUGAACAAGAAUGUGCGCACAGAGCUGUGUGAUGUGCCUGCUUGCCGUACCCGGGAUAACACAAAGAUGGAAAUCCUGUACAUAUUGGUUCCCAGUAUUGCUAUCCCAUUGGUCAUUGCUUGUCUGUUCUUCCUGGUCUGCAUGUGCCGCAAUAAACAGAAAGCAUCAGCUGCUACACCACAGAGACGUCAACUGAUGGCCUCACCUAGCCAGGACAUGGAGAUGCCUCUUAUGAACCAGCACAAGCAACAGGUCAAAGUAAAAGAAAUAAACCUGUCCACUGUGAGGUUCAUGGAAGAACUGGGUGAAGACCGUUUUGGGAAAGUAUAUAAAGGUCAUCUCUUUGGUACUGCUCCUGGAGAACAGACACAAACAGUUGCCAUUAAGACCCUGAAAGACAAAGUAGAAGUGGCUCUUCGAGAGGAAUUUAAACAUGAAGCCAUGAUGAGAUCCAGGUUGCAGCACCCAAAUGUUGUCUGCCUUCUUGGUACUGUGACUAAGGAACAGCCCAUGAGUAUGGUAUUUAGUUACUCUCCGCUCAGUGACCUUCAUGAGUUCCUGGUAAUGAGAUCUCCACAUUCUGAUGUAGGCAGCACAGAUGAUGACAAGACUGUGAAGUCUACCCUGGAGCCAGCUGAUUUCCUCCACAUCGUUACCCAGGUAGCUGCAGGGAUGGAAUUUCUGUCGAGUCACCAUGUUGUACACAAAGAUUUGGCUGCCAGAAAUAUUUUGGUCUUUGAUAAAUUGGCUGUGAAAAUUUCUGAUCUUGGCCUGUUUCGAGAAGUGUAUGCUGCAGACUACUAUAAGCUAGUGGGGAAUUCAAUGCUUCCAAUAAGAUGGAUGUCCCCAGAAGCAAUUGCAUAUGGAAAAUGCACUAUUGAUUCUGAUAUCUGGUCCUAUGGUGUGGUGUUGUGGGAAAUCUUCAGUUAUGGCUUGCAGCCAUAUUGUGGAUAUUCCAACCAAGAUGUAAUUGAAAUGAUAAGGAACCGCCAACUGCUUCUUUGCCCAGAUGACUGUCCAGCCUGGAUAUAUUCACUUAUGCUCGAGUGCUGGAAUGAAUUUCCUGCCAGAAGGCCUAGAUUUAAGGAUAUUCACACAAGACUAAGAACAUGGGAAAAUAUGUCUAACUAUAACAGUUCUGCACAAACGUCUGGAGCAAGUAACACAACACAGACAAGCUCACUUAGUACAAGUCCAGUUAGCAAUGUCAGCAAUGCUAGAUACGUUGAACUGAAGCCUAAAGGGCGCCCAUUUCCACAACCACAGUUUUUACCAAUGAAAGGACAGAUUAGACCAAUGGUCCCACCCCCUCAGCUCUACAUUCCAGUCAAUGGGUAUCAGCAGAUGGCUGCAUACUUUUAUCCAGUCCAGAUACCAAUGCAAAUGGCUCCUCAGCAGAUGCCACCACAAAUCAUUCCAAAACCUGGAUCACAUCAUAGUGGGAGUGGUUCCACAAGCACCGGUUAUGUAACGACUGCACCAUCAAAUAACUCCAUGGCUGACAGAGUGGCUCUUUUAGCUGAUGGAAGUGAUGAGGCACAUGUAACAGCAGAGGACGUGUCUCAGAACCCUGUUCAAGAGGAGGAAGAAGGUUCCGUACCAGAGACAGAAUUGCUGGGGGAUAAUGAUACUUCCCCAUUAGAUGAAACAGAUAUUCAGUCAGAAGCUUAA